UUAUUUUUUUGCAUGUUUGUCACACUUAAAUGUUUCAGAUCAUCAAACAAAUUUGCUAUGGAUAUGCUCCACCUCCUUGCAACACUAAACAGGAUGUGGGUAUAGGUAACAGAGGUUUGGAUAAAAUCUUUGUAAUGAUGUAAAUUUCAAAUUGAAACAAUAAAGGGAGCUACGGCUGAGAACAUACAGAGGUCAGCUCCCUUUCUAGGAUAGUAAGUGACUAUAGCUAUGUUUCCUCAUCUGUUAACCACAUCACGUGGAUUAUUUUAAUUUCUUCUCUUUGUUUCUUUUAAUAUAGAACUUUUCUUAGUAUGUAAAACAUUGUAUUGAAUUUAUAAAAAUUGCACACCAGUACAAUCAAUCAAUGAUGUUCAGUCCAGUCUAAUCCCCUGUUACUUUUCAACAUCUUUCAUCUGUGGCCUCUUUGCUCCCUGAUGCUUUUUACUGAAUGAGAACACUGACAUAAAAAUGGAAGCAAAUAUGAAAAGGACCGAAGUCUGUCUUAUAUGUGGAUAGUUUCAUGUGAUGAAAUGUGGUUAAGUAAUAUGCAAUAUGGGUCAUACAGUAUUAAAUACAAGAAAAGAUUAGAGAAAGUGCUGUUUAAAAGGCAUGUCUUUUUCACACUGCAUUAAAGUAAAUUAACAAAAAUGUUUUUGUUAGGGAAAUUUGCUUUGAUCCGAUUCCCAACUGUCUUCAUGCACUUCCGAAACUCCCUUUUUAAGUCCACAUAUUUAUAUGAGAGGAGGUACUUCUAAUUUUACUUGACUGUAUUAAUUUGUGUCCAAGAACAGUCUGUAAUAUGUCAUAAUAAUGCAGUACGGUACAAACUUUGAGGUAAUUGCACUUGAGUCUUUCCAUUUCAUGGUACUUUAUAUUUUCAGAGGGACAUUUAUUUGACAGCUACAGUUGCUAGUUUAUUUUCAGAUUAAGAUUUUGCAUAAAAACAUAUGAUAAGCUUAUAAAAUGCAAUACAUUAUUAUACAUUAAACCAGUGACUCAGAACCUUUUUGGCUUCUGGCCCCUUACAAAAAAUCAGUGUGUUUCUGGGGCCCCUUGUCACUUUUCAGAUGUCUAUGAAUUGUUAGAAUUUCCACGAAAUAGACAUUUCACCUUUAAACUGCUCAGAUAGUUUCAUUUAAAUACGUUUUUGAGGCUCAAAGAGGUCACAUUAUUCAAUAUUUCACAAAAAAAUCACAGAUCUGAGAAAAGUCCAAAAAAUGAAAAGAAACUUGUGUAACAGAACUUUGUUUUUUCUUCUUUCCUCUCCCAUUAAUCAUCUCACAACCCCUCAGAUUUACCUUGUGACAACCCCAAAUCAGUAUUAACAACCUAAUAAUGCAAUAUAUAAUAAUUUGUCACUUACUUGAGUACUUUUGAUACUUUAAUUACAUUUUGUGGAGAAAACUUCUGUACUUUUACUUCAGUAUAAUUUUAAAUGCAGGACUUUUACUUGUAGUUGAGUUUACAUUGUUGUAUUGGUACUUUUGCUUAAGUAAAAGAUUUAAAUACUCCUUCCACCACUGUAAUAAUGCAUUAUCUAUCUGACUGUAUACUAUUUAUAUAUUUUUCAAGAUGUGGGAUUAUUUAUCUAUGUUUAAUGCCUAUACCUGGAAAGAAAUGCCAUUUAAUAUUGCUGACUAAAUACUCCAGAGACUGCAAAGUUUGUCAUACGAGUUCCAGUACAAUGAAGGCAAAAUGUGCUUAACAAAAGGCUGAGGACUACAAAUGACAAGGAGUGGCAGGACCAGUUUCCCCUAAAGAGGAGAAAGGCAGGGCCAGAAGUAUCUGACAUAUAUCAGCCUCAGAGAAAAAAAAGCUAAUUACAUGAAUGUGGUAGAGCAAACUCUAGGAGAGGCAGGGCAAGGCUGCGGAUUACCAUAAACCUGAUAUCAGUGUGAAGCAUCACCUUCUGAGAACGAGAGAGACAGAAAGGAGGAAGAAGGAAGAGGUAAAUACGAGAGAAUAGGACUACGGCUCAGGUGAGGAGGGUGGAGUUAAGAAAACACUGAAGGUGGACAAACAGACAAAUCGUCUGAGAAAAACAAGACAAUGAAGACCUGAAAAGCAAAAUUGAACCUGGACUCCACAUUCAGCUGGAAGGAUGUAUGAAAAGUGGGAAACAUGAGCCUGAAAUAACAGUAUUGAACAUUUUCUUUGGGAUAUAAGACACAACUGAAGGAGCUGAGGAUGUCUUCAUUUUCAGAAGCAGACUUCCACUGCAACCAUGGAGAUACUAUCUGUGAGAUCCGAGUGUAUGAGCAGGAGGUGAUCAUUGUGCCCAUCUUUCUGCUGGCCAGCUUCCUGGUCACUCUGGUCUUCAUUUUCUUGCUGCGCUUUUGUCCGGAGAAAGUCGAUCGCAUCCGUCCACAGGCCUCAAAGUUGGCUACCAGGAGAGCGCUGCAAGGCAUUGAUGCUCCACCAGGGAUCAAUGUCUUGGAGCAUGAAAGCAUUGCUCUGGACAUACCUACUUCCUACUCCACCUUUCACCCCCCACACAACACUUACCCCUCCAAAAACCUCUCCAUGUCUGUGGUCACGCCUUCUCUUCCGCCCAGCCCCCCAGCGCAGCCCUUCAAACCCACUUUCACCCCCAUUGUCCAGCCCAGAGAAUUGCCCCGUCAGAGGCUGCCCGAGUCCUUCAACCUGGUCACCCCUCUGCCUGUUGCCUUCUCCCUGCGCUCCGACUCCUCUGUGUCCCUCUACAGGGCCCGUAUGGAAAACAGGAACGUGGUGCUACGAGUCCUAAAUGACUCUGCUGAUGCCACAGAAAGACACAGCUUCCUGGGCUUUGCAUCCUUCCUGUCCCAGCUGGGACCACAUCCCUUCCUGCCAGAGCUUCUUGGUGUGGUCUCACUUCGGGCUCCUCUGGUUACAGUUGUGGAAGAGCUGGAGAACAGAGACCUGCUCAGCUUCCUGUGGCGAUGCAGACAGGAACAUGUGGACAAUCAAUGUGUGAUGACUGAGAGACGAAUAUUUACUAUAGCCAAACACGUGGCCUCAGCACUGGAGUUCCUCCACAGCAAAGAUCUUCUCCACGGAAACAUUCGUGCCCGAAGCGUACUGGUCACCAAGGACUUCACAGCCAAGCUUUGGGGCCUGCAUGGGGUCUACAUAAGGAAGAACCAGGAAGCCACUCAGAGAGAUGAUCCCAGCAUGAAGAAAUGGCAGGCACCAGAGCUGUUAGCCAAGAGACCUGCUGGUCAGAGCAGCGACAUCUGGUCAUUUGGCAUCUUACUGUAUGAAAUGGCAACAUUGGGAGAAGCUCCAUUUGCAGAAAUCUCAGUUAAUGAGCUUCUGCAGUUUCAUCAACGAGGGAAAAGUCUGAAAAAACCUUCCAACUGUUCCAACACGCUAUACUCCAUCAUUAAGGCUUGUUGCCAGUGGAAGGAUCAAGAUCGACCCUCUCUAGCAGAGGUGAGCCACAAGCUCCUCUCAGGAGAGAAAAGUGCCUCUGACAAAGUCCUCAAGGUGUCGGGGACAGUUAACAUCGAGCAGUACCUGCAGGAAGCAGGAUAUGGGGAAACAAACAGCUACACUGUUUUCUGAUCACUUUGCCAGCAAAAUAAAUUGCACUAUUCUCCCCAAUGGUGCACUUCUACAGAACAAUAUCUUUUAGGUGCAAUAAAUGUGUUCCAAAGUCUGUUUAUGAGUGCUUUGGGCACUAAAAUUGUUCUUUUAUUUUGUUAUGUAUUCUCCUACUUUAGGCCCAUACAACUAAACAAGAAAACUGUGUGCUAAGUUAAGUUGUUCACCUUUGGGAACCAUUAAUUUUCAUCUAAGACCUCAUUCAUGUGUGUCUUUGUCUGUCUAGGUAAUACCUAAAUCUCUGAGUUUCAGUUGGGGAAAUACAACUGGUAAUUUUGUAGUAGUAGUACACUUUAAGAAACUGUAAACUUGACCAGUGCAUCCUGAACGUGUAGUCAGUACUGUCAAUAUGAUAGUUUAUGAAUCUUGUUUAUAACUUAAAGCCAAUGUAUAUUAACAGAUGUAAUAUAUGUUAUUACCACAUUUCUGUAUUAUUUUAUAUUUGGCAGGGUUAAGGAAGUGAAGGACACAUAAAUGUAAUUAUGCUAUUAUUACACUGUCUUCUCUGUAAGCUCAGUUCAUGUGGACAAUUUGUUACACAAAUUUAAAUGUGAAUAAAAAUAUCACCUAAGUCCUA